AUGUUUUAUCAACAUUCAAAUGGUUCGACCACUCUCCCGAGAGGAUUUCGGUUUCACGAGCCGCGAACUCCUGAGCCACAGGCCGAGGACGAACCUCAAAUACCCUCGCCCCCUCGACCACGCCUGAAGGUCCGCCGACGCAAUGUCUCCAAUCUACAAGCUCCUACCGAUCACUUCCUUGCCUCUGUUGCUGCUGCAGAUGUACCGAUCCCGACCAUCGAACUUCCACAAGCAGCGCAGAAUAUAUCGGAGGACCAGGAUAUGCCCGAUCGGGAAGACCUUUCGAGCACAUCUGGACUCCUUGCCCCCCAAGCACAAGACUACAGAUUCUUCUCGCCACCCAGGACGCCAAUGCCUACCUUUCCCUCGGAGGAAGGCGCUUCUCAACGUCCCGAUUGGUCUAUGGGUACUCCUUCCCCCGCGGAAGAUUACUUCCAACGACCAUCAUCCGCUCUUUCGAAUGCCUCCUCAGAUGAUUCAUUCUAUAGCGGCAGUCGAUUCUCCCGGCCCUCUGAUGAUGGUAGCUGUACGAGUCCGGAGUCUGAUAUUGCUGAUCCAUUUCAAUUCCCUAUAUCAAAAGGCAAGGGCAAAGCCGUUAUUCUCGAUGAACCCGUUCAACUCUCCACAUUGAAUGGCAAGCUUCGCAGCAAGACGAAAAAGGAUGCAAAAUGGACCAAGGCUCAGAGCGCUCACCUUUGGUCAACAUAUCUCCUCUACCUCCAAGAUCCGACCGUCACCCCUUUCCGCAUUGGUGCCAGCUGUAUCCCUCCUGAGGGGGUGUGCCAUCGAGUUGCCAGAGAGACGAAGAGAAGCUGGAAGGGCCAAAAAGUGGCUCCGGUACUUCGACGCUCUUCGAGAUUGAGCUCUGUCGUUUCAUCACGUGCUUCGGAAAAGAGUGGCAGUUUGACACCUACUGGAGAGCAUCCAAAGGUGUAUGCUGCAUGGUCACAUUCAAGCGCUGCCACUCGGAAUCAUUUAAGAGAGAUGUGUAGAAACAAGGACAACACUCCCGUUUCCCGACAUCGUCAUAUGCAAUCGCGGAGCCCGACCCCAUUUACCAAGUCAACCAUUCGAGCAAAGCAAACUCCAGAGCCUCACACCUCGAUUUUCAGCACAAUGGAUAUUGCCAUGUCUCUCACUACUAGCACUGCUGAGAGCAUGCAACCGGAUGGUCCCCUUGCAAAGUUAGCUGCUGAUGAUUCAGAGGACAUUCCGACUCUGACCUCGAGCUUUCCACCCCUGGAGGAAUUCAAACCUCUCAGCUUUGGCCAAUCUCGGGGUUUGGCCAUUUCUAUGGACGAGAAUCGUGGCCGCAAACUUGGAUCGCCAUUCAUUGCUCGUACGUACGGUCCUAGUUCUUCCAAUACCCUCAACGCCUCUGAUCGACCUUCACCACCACGAACGCAAUCCGAUACCUUCUCAGCACCUCAUCUUGGCUCACCUCUUCGUUUCGACAAGCCUCGCUCUUUGAACGGCACUCAGAAGCGACGAGCGCAGCAUGAUUUGGAAGAAGAGCUAAGUCCCAACGGAGCGAUCGUCCGACCUACCAUCCUAAACGAGCAAUUCUUCGGCACACCCCUCAAUCAACGACGAGUCCGAAGCCGCGGUUUCUCUCUCGGCGACGAAGCCCUUCGCCACAGGGCUCCCGGCGCCUCUCCCUCCAAGUUCGAAGCUCCACCACCUCGAAUAAAGCUCCCAUCUCCCACCCCUCAACCCUGCACAAAAACCGCCGCACCUAAGCUGCUCCCCUCCGCCACCUUUGAGCCUCCCCGCCUGGGAUCCCCAUUCACGGAGUCAGGACCCUCAACCUUCCCACGCCGCCUCAUCCAAGACCCCACCGCUACCGUUCGCCGCUCCGCUUUCGCAACCAUGCAUCAAACCCGCAGGUCUAUCGAAUCUUUCGAUUUCGGUGAAGGCCCGAGUUUGCAGAGUAGGCUCGAGCAGCUGGAUAUGAAGCUCAAACAGAUUCGCGAGCGAGAUGCGAGUACCAAGGGGAAGCGGCAGGCAAGCGAAUAA